CCCAUAGGCCAUAGCUCGCACUGGCACAUUUGCUUGCGAAAAUAAUAAAUCCCUGCAUGUGUGUUGGACAGGCCCUACGUGCAUGUGUAUUGGACAGGCCCUACGUGCAAACAGCAGCGAAGUUGUGCUGAAGAGUUACCGCGUAGCUCGCCGGCUCGGUCCCUAACGAGCGGACCUUUGAGCGGCUCGGGUGGUAGCGGGAACCGCUUGCUACGUGGUAUACCAGGGUCGGGGGCACGGCCCAGCGGCUGUGAGCUGGCGGCACGCCAACCGCCGAAUGUCCAGCGACCUGCUCACCGACCUUCAGCGCCAGCUGCGCGACCUCAAUGACAAUUUCGCCUCCGUUGUGGAGCAGCUAGUCCACAUAGCGCCGCCUGUACCGGUGGGCCCCGAUGACGUCCAGCCGCUGAGCGCGCUGCCUGGGGCCGUGUCUCGCGCGGAGCUGCAAAUCAAGGCGACUGCGUUGUCAGAGAGCCUGAUGCAGCGCUUUCGUAACAUUGACAGCCUCAUAGACAAGCUACCAGAGCUGGGCGAGCCGCCGGAGCAGCAGGACGCGCGCAUAGCGGGCAUGCUGCAGGAGCACCGUGAGUUGCGCAAGGAGCUAGGGGUGGUGAUGGCCGAGGCGGAGUACAAGCUGGAUGAGGUGUACGGCUGCUACGAGGCGCUGUCCAACCACGUGCUGGCGCACGAGGGCAAGAUGGGGCGCGACGCGAGCGAAGCGCAGUAGCGGAUUGUGCCAGGAGCUUCUGUUGGUGAAGUCGUGCUGACUGACCUGAGUGAAUAGCAAUCGAGCAGGCCCAUGUGGGCUGUGAAGGACAACGUCACCAACCAAAACCACAAACACAACAACAAUAACGGAAGAAGGAUUUCAGUUGCUUGUACUCAACACCAGUAACGUAGGCUGGGCAUAAGCGGCAUCGUGGGCAAGACGUAAGAGGUAUCCCUUGCGUACGAAGGAGAAGUGCGUGAGGCAGCGCUGCUAACGUCGCCGCGGGAAACUUUUGCAGAAUGCAGUGUGUGGGAGCGCAGUGGGGAGUGAGAGCGGAUUGCAGACACAACGCUUCGGGUUGAAUGGUUCUGUACAUGGAGAACGCAUACUUGAGUGUUUGAGGUGUGGCGGGCAUGGCAGGACACGAGAAUGCACCAUUGGAAUUGGACAUGCGGAUUGAUACGGGCUUGGGGUUGAGGAUGCGGGGAGGAGAGGGCUUGCGACUGGUGCCCCAAUGCCGACACACUCCGAUACAUGAGUUGUGGUAUGACCCGGGAGAAGAGGAGAUGCAGUGAUGCACGGUAGCGCAGCGCCGAAGGUAAAUGGGCAAGAU